GAAGAAUAUGUCUGAUCAAGGAUUACAGGAUUUGGGGCUACCAAUCGCCGUCCAAACGUUUCUUUGGCGGCAAAUUGCGCCUUUCACUCGACCCAAACUCGGCAAGCUACACGAGGCUUCUUGUAUGUUUUGCCAACACGGGCCCGGACAUCAUGAAUUAAAAGAAGCCUGCAAGUCAUUUGAAAAAGUAAUAGUUCAGAAUAUUCAUUUUGGACUAUCACCGAGUUUGGCCGGUGCGUUACAAUCAGUGCCUAGAUGGCGUUUCGUCCAAGCCGCCUUACCACAUGUUAUGCAUUGUGCAGCUACGCUACUGCAUUCUAGAGUUAAAGAUUUACAAAGUCUCGGUGCCGCCGAAACCAAACUGUUAUAUACCCUUCAUUGGAUGCUGUUGGAUGCAGCAGAAGAAUGUACGGACGGCGAGAAUGAGACCAGCAGAUAUCUUGCACCAUUUAGAUUUUUAUUUUCAAUACCUACAAUUACGCUCUUCAUAUAUUUAUUUGCACCAAUCGCUCAUCACCUGAAAGAAUCAGACUUCCAGAAUUUUCGGUUAGAAAACGGACUAAAACUUUGGCAAGGUUUAUGGGAAUAUAGAGCACCAUUAGCCAAUUGCUUUAGUGCACCAUGCAAGCAAAUAACCAAAUGUUUUGCUGUAACUAAUGUUCGGCAGACAAAAAGCGCAUCAAAAGCAUCUGACUCCAAUCCAAUCGAAAGUUCUUCCACAACUUCAGUAUCUGAUCCUGUUGGAACACCAAAACAAGAUGAAGAGUGUUCAUGGGUAUCGUCACCAAAGGAUAGUGUAUUUCCCGAAACUAUACCUGAGGAAUCGCUUACAGAAGAAGAACGAGUUGUUAUAUUUAGAUUACCAACUGCGCCUACCCUGAAAGAUACAGCUAUCUAUACGGCUGAUCCAAGCCUUUUUCAUGUUGGACCCUUAUCCCGAAUUGGAAGUCCCGGAGCUGGCUCUAGUAUUUUACCUGCAGUACCAAGACAUAAAGGUAGCUCUUCUUCUGAAAAAGAUUCCGUGGAAAGUAAAGAUUCUGCGCCUAGCAAAAGUUCCAGUCGUGCACAUCGUGAAGGUGUUGACGUAACUCGGGCAACAUUUUUAGAUGUUGCUGUGGUGCGCUGUUUGUUUAUUGCCAACUGGCAAGAAGAAGGCAUCUACUGGGCUCUUCAUUAUCUUUAUAAUAGAUUGCGAGAUAUUCACGAAGAAACAAUAUCACAGUCGGCGCAGAGAAGGAGAAGCAAUUCCCUCCCAAUCCCACAGAUAGAAAUUUCUUUUUACAAAAGUCCGCAAGAUUCCCCAAGUCCUGUAGUGAAGCAAUUAUCCGAUAUAAAAUCUAAUAAACUUGUAAGAAGUUGUAGUGUUAAUAGGUGUUCAGGCAAAAUGUCAGGUGCUGACACGUUGGAUGCCCGUAUGCAAUUUAAGUCUGAAUGUGAACUGGAAAAUAUCGAUUUCAAUAAACCUUUACAUUUUGAGCAUACGACGUAUUAUUCUGAACAAAUUGCUAAACCUUUAACUAAAUGUUUUAUACCUAGUUUAAUAAAGGGCAAAAGUAUGCCGAGUCUCAGAUUUAUUGGUGAUAUACAACAUGCAACAAGAGGUAUACCGAUUUCUGAAAUAGUUCAUAUUCCCAAAAACCCAAUUAUAACAGUUACCGAGCAUACGCCAGUACCAUCGCCUGAUUAUCUGCAACAACAGGCGAUGAUGGAUUCUCAACUAGAUAGUUAUAAUGACGGAAUAACACCUUCCAGUAGCAUGAAAGAAGGUAUUGCUCGUUCGCAAACCGAUACUCACAUCGCCUAUCAGGUCAUGGACGAAAUGGAGGCACCAGGAUCGGGCUGCUUUAUUACUAAAACUGGAACUUUAGAUCUACAGGUAAUUUUGCAAGCCUUAUACUCAGUGUCACUUCGUGACAACACUUGUUGUACACUAAGAGUUUUGGAAGCUACCUUAAACUUAUGUGAAUUAGUAAUGGACUUGGGUGUGCUAAAAUACGGAGUUACUGCUCAUAAGCUAAUUAUGGGCAUUUUUGAAAAAUCAUUGAGGCAUUUGGGCUGUCAUCAUGGCUGCGGCGAAGGAUUGCGUGGGCCACCUGCAGACUUUCUUCGUACGCAAUGCCAUGCCAUAUUAUCUCGUAUAUUGCGAGCGGCUCCGUCCUUGUCAAGGCAAUACCUCAGAAACUUGGUUACAAAGCAACCACUUGCUCAAGUGCUAGAUUUUCUACACUCGUUGGUCGGUUUCUGUAUCGAUCCUAGUUCAUUACUAUCUCCAUUAAAUCGCAAACGAAGUUCAUCAAAAUCACCAGAUUUUAUUAACUCAGGUCAAGGUGGUUAUCUUACAAAUUUUGGCAAUGGUAUGACUGGGAGUGCCGAAAGUCAAGUUAUUGGAGCUAUUUUCAAAAAAUUAGUUACUCGUUUUUUUGAUCUUAGUAAAGAGCUUAAAAUGCAAGAAAAUUUGACACUUUAUUGCGAUGUUCGGCAACUGAUAAUGUACGUAAAAGGAGCUCAUGGCGGUAUUUUCAGAAGAGUUGCGUUGAGUUGUUUACUGGGAUCGUCGGUGAGACAGAAUCAUGAAGACACAGCAUUGCAGAUCACAAGGGUUAUUCGGCAUUUGCACAACAUGGAUACUUUUUCUAUGGAAGAGCGACCUAACAAAAAAUUAUUCUUCAAAAAAAGUAGCACCCCUUCAACAUAUGGCAGCUUAUUGGAAACUGAAUUAGAUGAAGAAGCAUGCCAAAUGAAUCAAGCUGCGGGAACAAAUCUGCGCCGGAAGCCAAGACCUGUUUUAACACCACGUCAAAGCGAAAGAACUUUAUUUGAUGAAAAUGUUCAACCUGGUAUGAAAAGACGAGUACGCGAAAGAUUUAGUGGCCUUGUAAGUUGGCUGGUGACGAGGCAGCAAGAUAUCCGAUUACGUCAGGCCGGUGGAGGAGGAGGAAGUGGUAAUGGCAGUGGUAAUGGUAGUGGUAACGGAAGCGGGAGUGGAAGUGGAAGUGGGCUGCAGUUAACAGCCAUGCGCCGCGCAGGUGACGGAUUAAGUCGUUCUUUGCAACGAGCGCGACGUCGUAUGGAACGUCGACUCGGAAGACUUGGACUUGGCAAGGGAAAAAAGAAAGUUAGCAGCAUCGAGCAAGUUCUUGGAACAUAUAUGAGCAGAAGAAAUUCCUUGGAAUUAUCUGACAAGCAACGAGAAUCAGAAGUUGUUGUGCUGCGAGAACGAAGAUUAGUUCAAAUUGAACCAGUGCGCACUGGCGCUAAUAGGCUAUCAAUUCUUUUAGAAACUUGUCCACCUGGAACUGUUCCCGAUGCUCAACUACUUUCUGCGGUACUUGACUUGCCUCAAGCGCCUGUUGUUUCGCGAGCCGCAUUAUUGGUAGAGUGCGCACAUUUUGUUCAUUGUUGCAAUCAUGGCCAAUGGCCAGCUUGGAUGAAGUUAGCACCGCCGCCUGCACGACCAGGAGCUGCCGGAGGACCUGCACCCCGUACUGCGCAUGCUACAGCCAUGAGACGUACACAUAUUUUACAACGAACUGCAGGAAAGAUGUUUCAUCAGUGGGGAGAAGCAUUGGGUGCACGUUUAGAAGAACUGGUUAAUGCUGAUAAAGAAAAUAGCUCCGUAGUCAAUGUUUCUUUCACGGAUGGUGAAAAUUCAAAGUACCAUAUGCAAAGAGAUGACGAAGAAGAUUUUUUGGAUGAAGCGUCAGUAAAUAAGACAGGAUCUGAGUGUCCGCCGGCGUUGAGGUUGAUGGCUUGUAUGCUUCUAUUGGAAAUCACUUCCUUUCUACGUGAAACUUACCAAAAUUUGCCGAAGCAGUCGAAAUUAGCAGCAAAGGAGCGUACAGCUCCUUGGGAACGAGUCUACAGAGAAGCUAAUCGAAGAUGGAGUAUGGCGCUGUCGUCGAUGGGACACUCACAAGCGUCCGCCCAAAGUCUUCAGUCGAUCUCAGGACCUGAUAUUGCCGCUCAGAACGAGCGCAAAAUCAGUUUCGUUCUGCACGAACCAGAUGAAUCCGACGGAAGCAGUAAUACGGCAGUGACGCUGCAAGGAGCAGAAGAUGGUAACACCAACACUGCAGGAGGAGCAAGUGGCCAAACCCAACGCGGAGCAAUGAGAUCGGUUCAACCCGUCAGACCGUUUUUGCUGAGGAGAGGGACAGGAGCUCCGACAGGCGGUUCUUUUAAACGAAGAUCUUUAAAGUUAAGAAGGCCUCAAAAGGAGAAUAAAGAUACUGAACCAGACUAUUCCCUGAAACAUAACGAUUCCAUUCGUUCCAAGCGAAAAGUGAGUUCGAUUUCGGACCGAAGCGAUACAUCCGAGCAGGGAGGCGCAAGUGCAGGCGAAGAAUCUCCUGGAAUUCUCAGCGAUGAACAAGCUCCCGAAAGCCCUACAGAUGCUCACGAUACUGACGAACUUGUUAAAAACCUUCCAUGGAUGAGAUCUGUUUUGGAAGUACUAAGUUCAUUUAAUUAUUACUGCGACCAUCAAGGAUAUUGCCACACGUUUUGCUACAGACGACAUAUGCGUGCUGCUAGAAGACUCGUGAAAGCUGUUAGAAGAGUAUAUGGAGAGGAAUUCGGCGUAAAACUAGGUUAUUUUGGUUUACUUUCUGAACAAUUAAAAAUGGAUAUAGGUAGUAGAAGGGAACGAAGCAGAGGACGUAAAGUUUCAGAUCAAACUGUCGUAAGUGGUCGCAUAUCUCCUGGGUCACGUAAAGAUAGUGUGACAAAGUCAGGGUCUGCCGGGAUGCUUUAUGAAAAUCCCAAACUAGCAAAUUUAUGUUUGCCGUUUACCCCAACAGUCAAACCUAAAGCUUAUCCUUCAGUAGUUAAAUAUAUCAAAUCACAGAUUCGAGAAUUAUUUCAUGCUCCUAUAUCAACGUUAAUAAAAGGUGCGGCAGUAAUUGGGGAAGAUAGUUUUGUAGAAUCAUUGCCAAUUGCAUGGGAAUUACUAUUAGAGUAUAAUCAGGAAACAGCAGCUGCAGCAGCCGCUUUGUUCAUAUUGGGGGCAGUAAAAGCUCCAAGCACGGCGACUGAUAUUAUGCAGAAGUCUUUGAAGAACAAAGAUCCGGCUAUAAGAAUUAGUGGCAUAUUGAGGUUUCAAGUUCUGUGGAAGUUGCGUUACCAAGUAUGGCCGAGAAUGGAAGAAGGAGCUCAUCUAUCAUUUAAAGUUCCUCCACCUGGUAUUGAGUUCACUUUACCUUCACCCAAAAUUGGUAUAGAAUCUUUACCAGUAGUCGAUCCCCCUUGGAGUCCUCGUGCAAAGACUAAGGAUAUGGAAGUCACUCUUAAUCAGGAGCGACAUAGAUCGCUAGUAACUGCUACAAAGACUCGAAAGAAACAGCAAACAGAAGCCAUACGACAUGCGUUAAUGCAGCAAGAAGCAAAACGCCGAGCAGAGCGGCAAAGUUUUCUGCUUACAACUAUUCCAAUAACUGUGCAAGCCGCUCAUGAACCAGGAUUAGACCAUGCACCAGCGGACGAACAUGCAGAAUCUCAGGGGGAUGAUGAAGGAGAUGGUUUGCGUCCAACAGCACCUCAUUUACACUCUGCUCACUCACUUUUUCCAUCAGUCUUAUGUGCAGCAGUGGUACUCAUUGUGGAUUUACUAGAUGAUGCCGCUGUGAGCCAAGAAGGGGCAGCGGUAUACGAAGCAGCUUAUCAAGUGAUUUGGAAUUGUCUGGUAGAAGACUCAGCAUUAUUUUUGCGAUACGUGCUAGAAAGAUUAACGCGUGACAAACAAGAAACAAUGUUCAAAUUAUUACGACAUUUGAUUAGAUUUGUUCCUCGCCUUCCUCAGCAAGCUGCAUUUGCUUUGUAUAACUAUAUAAUAGGAUAUGUUAUGUUCUAUGUACGGUCGCCUCAUGAAGGUGGUCAACAACUAGUUGGCACGGCUCUAUCAAUUUUAUGGAUGGUUGUACAUAGUGUUCAUGGCAUAAUGUUUAAAGAUCUAAAGCAAAUUCUCCGUAAAGAGCAAUGUGAUGCAUCGAUUCUACUUACAGCCAAUGUGCCUUCCGCAAAAAAAAUAAUAGUUCAUGGACCGCAAGAUCGAGAUGAAGGUGGCAUUCCAUCUCAGUUUCCAGUACAAGAAGAUACACAAUUUUGCCAAAUUCUUAGAGAAUCUUUAGAUUUUUUCGGUAUUGACGAAAGUCAGCAUAAGGAACACUUUUUAGUUGAUUAUAAAACUCAUCAAAUUCAUAAUCCACUUGGUUAUGUUCGAGAUUUCUAUUUCUUCAAACGAUCUCAAUAUCCUCAAUUGUGCCUAGUUCGUAUGAAACCGCAAGAAGCAUUUUCGGCUCUGCAAAGACAAGAGUUGCUGAAGAAGUUUGUGGAAAUUGGAAAAGUGCAUUUAACAUGGGCGAUAUUGAAAAACGUCGAUAUGGUUGUGCAACGAGUUGUUUUUCUACACGAGGAACUAAUGAAGUUACCAUCUUUUCCAAGGAAAGCAUUGGAAGCUGAUUUAGAUCUUUAUAAAGGAGGAGAAAUUGGAAAAGAGCUACUUGGUUUGGAUGUCUUACAUAAAUUUAUGUGGGUGCGAUUGAUAGCACGAAUGUUUGAAGCCAUGGCUGGAAACUUUGCUUAUUCUGGUGAUAUUCAAUUGUUCCUAAAUGUUCUCAAUGGUGCUGCGGUACUACAUACCGAAGAUUCCUGUAUUUUACGAUAUGUUAUGGCGACUUACGUUAAUGCUGCUUUUAAUUUCAAGAAUAUUUUCUCUACCAACGGAUAUCUGUUAAUCAUGCCGACAUUAUUGCAAAUAUAUUCUCAUCAUCAAACAAAUAAAUUGGUAACAACAACCGUAGAAUAUGCUGUUAAACAGUUUUAUUUAAUGAACAGAAAGCCGUUUAUUUUGCAAAUGUUUGGCUCAGUUUCGGCAAUAUUAGAUACUGAUGAUGAAAGUACGUACGGCGACGCCCAUAAGGUUCAAUCAAGUUGUCUUUUUAAUCUGCUAUUGAGUUUAGAAACGCCAUCUCCUGAUCCACUUAACAUAUCUGAAUUAGUGAAGGAAACUAAACCAUUGCGAGCUAUUGAUUUCUGUUAUCAUGACGAAAACGAAAUGGUUACUGUUCUCGAUUGCAUUUCUCUGUGUGUUAUGGUGGUAUCUUAUUCAGCGGAAUCUAUUAGGGGUUACCAAAUGCUGAUCAUCUUAGAAGCUAUUUUACCUUGCUAUAUUAAACAAAUUCAACUACCUACAUACUAUAGAGAAGGAAAAUCUGAACGAGAUAUAAUUUUGCAACUUGCAAUCGUGAUAAAAACUUUAGUUAAUAACUGUGAAGGCUUAUCAAAAAGUUAUAAUGGACCUUAUAGAAACAGCCCUGAACAUAAAGGAUCUAGUCAAAGAAAUUGCAGUAAAGGCCCUCCUUGUUCGCCAGGAUUGGAAUUUGAAGACGAGUCACAUUCAAAAUAUAUGAGUGAUUUAGGUAGAAAUAAAUCGGGAAUGGUUGAAGCAGGCGCUGAAGAUUCUGAGCUGGUUCGUGCAGAAUAUCGAAGGCCACGUGAUGUUUUGUUGUCACUAGUAGGUGAGUUUCUUAGCCGUUGUUGUACACGACUAACCGAAUUAUCGAGGAAGCAAGGUUUCCAAGAUUCCAAACCAAUAGAUUUGCUUGACGCCAGAUCGCAUGUUAGACUAGCAGAUAUUGCACAUUCAUUAUUGAAAGUGUCACCAUAUGAUCCAGAAUCAAUGGCAUGCAGAGGCUUACAACGAUAUGUAACAAGCAUUUUGCCUCGAGCGGACUGGUUGGAUGACGCUAUGAAACCAGCAUUGACUACUAUUCUUAGACGGUUGGAUAAAGUGUUUCUUAAGAUUUCAAAAAAGCCGUCGAUUCGGCGUAAUACGGAUUGGGAGGCUGCUGCUGGUUUAUUAAAGGGCGUUCAUGAAACACUGCAGCGUUUUCCUUAUGCUCUGCAUUGGCAGCAUGUACGUGCAUUGCUUAAUACAUGUCAGGGUCUUGUGGCCAGUGAACCAGGAGCGCAUGAUGCACCGCCCGCAGCAGGAUCUGCGGGUGCAGCAGCUGUCUCACAAGCGCCGCCAGCACACUUUUGCUCAACAGUUGUUCGCCUUAUUUCUCUUCAAGUUGUCAGUGCUGGAGAUUGUUCGAUAAUGGAACAAAUAUGCGGAGGUAGUGCCGAAUUUCCAUCACAGGAAAAAGCCGAGAUAUCUUUGAUGAAUCUUAUCAUUCCACUUUGUUUGCGAGUAGGAAGUGGUAGAGGAGAUGUCGCCGAACUGCAUCAGAACGAUAUAAGCUUUCUAGUAACUGUGGUACUAAACGCCAUGUCUCCACCGGGUGGAGCUGGUGUAGUUGGCGGAGCAAUUAGUGGUGGAGGUGGUGUAAGAAGUGUUGUUGAUGCAAGAGCAGGAUCACUUACAUUUACAGGAAGUAGGGAAACCAAACGCCCAGCUAGAGUGCGGAGCACCCUUUAUCAAGCCGCUUUUUUAGCGUUAAGAGUUCUUUGCGUUUGCUUUGAGCAGCGUUUGUCUCGAGAUUGGUCCCGCAUAGCACGAGUUAUGCGAGAUCUUGGUCGAAGAAACGAAGCUGCACCAGAACUAUGGAGUUUUUUGGAAUUUGUUGUAACUCAUCGCACUCCCCUUUAUAUCGUUUUACAACCAUUCUUACUUCAUAAGAUAAGUCAACCACCUAUUGGAGAUCAUGAGCGGCAUAUGCAGUUUUUAAUUAGGGAACGAAUGAGAGGAACCCCUCCUUCUGCAAGUCCACGUUCAAGAGGCGCACUUCUGUUAGAUCUUGCACGCGAAUUGAGAGAAUUAAAAGAUGAAUUAGAAGAGCAUAAAUACCAGCAAACUGCAGCCGAAACACAUAGACGUGCUACAGAAGUAUAUAUUUCUUAUCCACAUUCAUGCGACGGAGGACGAUAUCAAAGACCAUCUUUGAUAUCAUUACUUACUGGCAUGGAGCAAAAAGCAGCUAACUGUAUACCCGGAGAAAACACUUCACAAACAACUGCAGCUAGCAAAGCCCCCUCUACUGUGAAUGAAAGUACAAGCCCUCAUUCCCCUAGUCAUCCAUCCAGUCCUGUGCUAGAUUCUGGAAUGCGAGAACAUAACAAAUCGCGACUCCAACGUUCCAAAGCCCAAAGUAGAAAAACUUUGAGAUUUAGAAGAGGAAAACCUAACCAUAGUGAGUCAAAGACUAACGAAACCGAAACGGAAGCAGUUGCAAAUCACGGUGAGCAAUCGUGGGAAACGACAUCACAGACAUCGUCUGCCUCCUGUUGCAAAGACCGGAAUAUGAAUGCUUAUUCGCAUUCACAGCCACAAUCCCAGUCGCAGUCGCAAUCGCACGAUGAUUCACAAUCACCGAAAGUCGGGUCACAGCAAUCUCUAUUGAUGGUGUUCGAAACACAAGAUGAAGAUACUUUAAUAUAG